AUUUGACUGACAGAAAACAUAAAAGGUGCAGCUUUUCAUAUUCGAACAUUCAAAUAAAAUCAAAACAAAGUUUAGUUUGUAUAAAAUUACUAAAUAUUUUAUUUAAAGUUUAAUAAUUGGAGUGAACAUAGGUUUUAUACAAUAGAAAAUGUCCGUUAAACCAGGUAUCGCCAAAGAAGCGGUACUUAAACAAAGUGGAAAAACACACGGAAAACACACCCAUCGUGCGGGCUACGAUUGGAAUCAAGGAAUUGAUAAUGCGGGGUUUCAAGCUACUAAUCUUUGUAUGGCAAUAAGAGAAAUCAAUCUAAUGCUUGAUCGUAGGCAGCAGCCGUUGAAACCUGAUGAAGCCGAUUUGCAUGAAACGGAUGAAUUCAUUAGACGAAAACAUAGCUGUACAAUAUUCCUUGGAUUCACAUCUAAUCUAGUGUCGUCGGGAUUACGGGAGACAUUACGAUUACUCGUUGAACACCAAAUGGUGGAUUGUGUAGUAAUGACAGCGGGUGGCGUGGAAGAAGACUUUAUAAAACACUUAUACACAAUCUGAACAAUAUAAACUUAUAAAUAACACUAAUAUGUAUUAUUAAAAUCUUCAACACACAUAUGUUUCUGUUUAAACUCAA